UAUAAAAUUCCGUCAUACAUCAGCCUUGCGCUACACGUAAACAAAGACACGGGUCUACGCUGGUUCAAAGAGAGAGUGCAAAAGUUUUGUGGACUUUUUUGGGGGGAAAUUUUCAUUUCAGGACAAUCAUCAGCUAAACCAACAGGCUCUGCAGCUCUUUGAAAUGGAUGAUAUCCAGGUUGUUGAGUCCAAACCUCUGCUGGUUGACAGGGACCUGACGGGCUUGAGAGAGGCUGUGCAGCAGCUUGUUACUAAGGAGCACGAUGUGGAGACUCCUCAUGGAAGAAUUCACUGUACAAUGAAGGGGGUCCCCAAGGGGGACAGACCAGUUAUUCUCACCUUCCAUGACAUUGGACUGAACCACAAAACCUGCUGGAACACUCUCUUCGAUCAUGAGGACAUGGCAGAAAUCAUGCAGCACUUUGCAGUGUGCCAUGUUGAUGCCCCAGGGCAGCAUGAGGGAGCAAACACCUUUUCCACUGGGUAUGAAUACCCUUCUAUGGAUCAACUUGCUGAGGCUCUCCCGCUGGUCUUAAAGCAUUUUGGCCUGAAAAGUGUCAUUGGAAUGGGCAUGGGAGCCGGGGCCUACAUUCUGACCAGAUUUGCUCUGGACUAUCCAAAUAUGGUAGAAGGCCUGGUUCUCAUCAACAUCAACCCAUGUGCUGAAGGAUGGAUGGACUGGGCUGCACACAAGAUCAGCGGCUGGACCCACGCUGAGCCUGACAUGAUCAUCACCCACCUAUUUGGAAAGGAGGAAAUCCACCAUAACCAUCAUUUAAUUGCCACAUACCGCCACCAUGUCAUCAAUGACAUGAACCAGUUUAACCUGCAUCUCUUUGUCAAGUCCUAUGAAAGUCGGAGGGAUCUGGAAAUUGAGAGGCCGGUCCCUGGAAGCCACGCCAGAACCCUCAAGUGCCCUUCCCUGCUGGUGGUCGGUGAUAGCUCUCCUGCCGUGGAGGCUGUGGUUGAGUGCAACACUAAGCUGGACCCCACAAAGGCCACCCUUCUUAAGAUGGCUGACUGUGGUGGCAUGCCCCAGGUUGACCAGCCUGGCAAGCUGACGGAGGCGUUCAAGUACUUCAUUCAGGGCAUGGGAUACAUGCCUGCUGCCAGCAUGACCCGCCUCGUUCGCUCCCGCACUGCCUCUGGCUCCAGUGUCACUUCGUUCGAAGGCAACCGCUCCCGCUCCCACACCAGCGAGGGAAACCGCUCCCGCUCCCACACCAACGAGGGCCGCAGCCGCAGUCACACGGCUGAGAAUCCACACGGCCGCUCCCACACAGAUAGCACCAUGGACACCACGGCCAACAACAACGUGGACCAAGCGGUUACCAAGUCCACCGAAGUGUCCUGCUAAGUGACCCCCCUCCACUCACCAGAAAUCCAAACCACUCAAGGUCCCCUUCAGUUUGUGCUGCGCUACCUCUAAUUCACACCUGGCCAGCAUACCUGGAAUUGUUUUUAAAAAAACAAAAACAAAAAAAACCCAAAACGCACAAUGGAAACUCACCUGCUUAGUUCAGUGCAGCUGAGUUGCCCCCAGUUUGAAAAUACAUUUGCGUAGGAAGCUGAGGUCAUGUUUGUUGGAAGUAGAAAAUGUGUGAGGCCUCUUUCUGAGUUCAGAGUGUAAUAGGAGGCAACGCAGCAUUUGGGGACAUGGAAGCAGAGAAUGUUGGAGAAAGCUGUGGCUAAGAGUACACCAGCUUGUAAUAUAGCUGUCAUAAUGCACACAAAAAUUAACCCAUUUCAUCUUUCCUUAAUCCUGUUUUUAUCCAUCUGACCAUAUUGACACAGCUUUCUCAAGUAUACCUGACUGUAAAUGUCUGUUUCCUGUUCUUACUGUAAUUGUUUGAUCAUUUUUCUUUUAUUUUUCAUGUACGAGUUAUCGUUCGUAUGUAGGAGCAGAUUUGUAGAUGUGGAGAGAGAAUGGGGAGGCACGACACAUAACUUUGAAAAUGAAAGGGCAGACUUCAAGGAUAUCAUGCACAGCGAAUUGCUUCACAGUGCAAAUGUCUUUCUUUUCUCUUUGUUUUUCUCAAGAUUGUUAAACUAUUCACAGGUGAAUUAAAAAUUGAUCCAAAAAAAAGAAGAUAAUUAUAAGUGCAUUCCACUGAGACUGUAUGCUCUGUCGUCAAUCAAAAAACACUGGAAAAACAAAUGCUAAUGCUUUUACAUCACACGGUUUAUUAAUGGAUCAAAAGCAUUUCUCGUUUUGAUUUUUAUGAUGAUUUCUAUGCAAUCAAUGUGCCAUGGAAUUGUUCACCUUUUUAGAUGUGCUGCUUCUAUAUGUGUGUGGAUUCUUGAGUGAGUGAAGAAAGAGGUCCACAUGUAAACACGAGGAUAGUCAUAGAAGUUACCUGAUACCUUCUACUCCUGUAUUUUACUUGCACUACUGCAACAUUUGACAUUGUAGAACACACAAAUACAGCUUUGUAAAUACACAACCUUCUAACGUUGUAGAAAAGCAUUAAAAUGACAUAACCAUUUGUAUUUAUUAAAAAAAUGACAAUAAAAAGCGUGUAACAGAA